AUGAAAGACACCCACACCACCUCAAUCAAGAUGCUCACACAAUCCUCUCGCCCAUACCCAGGCUCCCCCCGUACCAAUCUUUCCACUUUAGCUGGGCCAAAAUUCUUCCCGCAGGACGCCCUGCAGAUAGACGACGAUAUGGACCUUAACAAUAGAGAACAUACCGUCACCCCUCCACCCCUCCACACCUCAUCCCCAACAUCACCUGUCACCCCUACCCCUCUCGCGAGGACCACGCACACCCAACCCCUUCUCACAGACCUACCCGCCACACAGGAGACCCAGGUCACUGCACCCAAGAACACCCUCUCCCCCAUUGACAGCGACCUUGCAAACUCCAUCCACGCACCCCGAGAGAAUGCAGAUGACCACCAAAUGAGCGCUCCCACCCCCCCAACAACCCAGCACCUCCCAGACGAGGAAGAGCAAACCAUUCUCGCUCACCUAGCACUUGCCGAACAGAACCGCUCCAUAGUUCAGCAUGACGGCCCUCACCAUAGCACCGCCCUUCCCCAGUUCACGCCAACACCCAUUGGUGGCUUCCCACAUACCCACAUGUCCCACUCAGCACAAGCUUUUGACCACGUUGACAACCGAGUCCUAACAGCAUGGUUCCAAGUCGAUCACCCCAAAUUUUUAGUCCGGAUCUUCGACCACUCUGGGAAAGAAGUAUCAGAGAAAGCUGCUAUCUUAGCGGAACGUAUUAGGGCCAACAUAUCCAUCAUCGCGAACUUUAUCCAUCAGGGCGCGCAAACUAUACGGGUAUCCCCACCACAACCACAAGGUGGUAAAGAUGCUAAAGAGCUCCCCCUCAGCUUCCUCGUCUACAACACAUCCCCAGAAACGAAAGACCUUAUCAUAUCCCAACGCAUAUGGUCCGCUGCUGAUAUCACCUUUGAAGCGCACCCAUUCAGCUGCUACCGUCCACCCGACCUCCUAUUCUGCCUUACCGGAUUCUCCACACCCGACACCGGUGUAAUCCAGAAAACAGUCGCAGAUGUAUGGGCUUUCGAAGACAAUCGAGCCCAGAUCAACGAUAUUCUGUCAAUGAGUGAGAUCCCAGAAGAAAGAGUCCACCUAGCCACGUGGGAACUCAUCAGAAACAUCCGGGUAGAACGUCUCGACUUCAAAAUUGCAGGAGGCCUACCAGUCCCUCGUUUCAACAUCCUUGCGCACAGCCCCACCUGCGAUGCAAAGGCUUGGACGGAACUGCGCUCCUUCCUCCGCAUCCUAGAAUAUCCAACUGGUCUAGACGGCUGCGGUACAGCAGUCGCCCUAUCACCCUGCCCCAUAUGCCACUCUAUAGCGCACCCACGAGGACUAUGUCCAUUCCCAUCUAUCGCCCAAUGGAAUGGCCCUAAGAUUGGGAACAAAUCCACUGGUCAACCUGCAAGAUCCGCUGGGAGUGGCCGAGGCAAAGGACGCCGCCACCAAACAUAG